GAAGAAAACCCAGCGGUCCCUGAACGCACCAGCGUCGCCGCCCAGAGAACCAGAACAGCUGCUGAUUCUGCUGAUUUCUGCUGCAUCGACAUGGCUGAAUCUGACGUGGAGGAAACUCUGAAGAGAAUCGAGAGCCAGAAAGGAGUGGAGGGCGUGAUCAUCGUCAACUCGGAUGGAGUCCCCAUCAGGACCACUCUGGACAACUCCAGCACGGUCCAGUACGCCGGGCUGAUCCAGCAGCUGGUGAUCGCGGCCAGGAACACGGUGGGGAACCUGGACCCCACCAACGACCUCACCUUCCUGCGCCUGCGCUCCAAGAAGAACGAGAUCAUGGUCGCUCCAGAUAAAGACUACAUCAUGAUCGUCAUCCAGAAAUUCUCCACCUGAAAAGCAGCCGCUGGAGACGCUCCCAUCCUCUCUCUUUCUGGUUAAAUGAAAUGAAAGUCCUUGUUAAAUGAAGAUAAAAGUUCUAAAGUUGUUUGUUGUUCAAGAAGACGAGGACGGAACGGAACCAGAUGUUCUUCUUCCUUGUUUUAUCAUUCCACAGCUCUGUUCUGAGUUGGUUUUAUUUAUUGUUUAACCGCUGACUUCACUACAAACACUCUUCUGUUUGUCUACUUUUGCUGGAAGAUAUUAAAAGAUGAAAACGCU